AGGCCCUGCUCCACAAAGGCAGGCAGGCAGGCAGGCAGGCAGGCAUGCAGGGCGGCUGGGCAGCAGGGCUUGUGUGGGCGCUGCUUCUCUCUUCCUCUUCCUCUUCCUCUUCCCCUCGGAAGGGGGCCUCCUGGGAGGAAGUGAACGUGCUGGCCCAUGGGCUGCUCCAGCUGGGCAGGGGCCUCAAGGAGCACGUGGAGCGCACCCGGGGCCAGAUCCAGGACCUGGCCCAGCGCCUCGACGCCCUCCGCCCCCAACAGAGCCUGGUGAGCCGCCAGAGUGCCAAGAUCGAGGAGCUCUCCCAGAAGCUCAAGCAGCAGCAGUACCGCAUGGACAAGCAGAACCUGCAGAUUAAGAGCCUCCAGAGCAAGGUCAACCUGCUCCUUCCAUUCCACCUCAAGGGGGGACAUGUCAUUGAUACCGGGGAGGGCGGCCUGCAUCGACCCGCCAACCACAGCCGAGAAGGAGGAGGACCCGCGACAACGGCCAAAGCCUCCGAAGCUUCCAACUUCCCUUCUGGCUGCCACCAGAUCUUCCUGGACAGAGGGCAAAGCAGCGGCGUCUUCCACAUCCAGCCUCCGGGAUCCCAACCCUUUGAAGUCUUCUGCGACUUGACUCCAGGCAGCGGAGGCUGGACAGUGAUCCAGAGGCGCCUGGACGGCUCGGUGGACUUUGACCGGCUGUGGGAGGAAUACCGGGAUGGUUUUGGGAACUUGACUGGAGAGUUCUGGCUGGGGCUGGAGCGCGUGCGUCAGGCAGUGGCGGGCGGCCCCUUUCGGCUGCAAGUGGAGCUACAGGACUGGGAGGGGGGCUCCCACCAGGAGGAGUUCCUGGCCGCCCCCCUGGCCCAGGAAGCCCAUGCCUACGCCCUGCGCCAACUUCCCCAAGGUCCCAGUGCCCCCCCAGCCCUGCCCUUCUCCACCCGGGACCGAGACCACGACCUCCGCCCAGAUGCCAACUGCGCAAAGCACCUCUCUGGCGGCUGGUGGUUCGGGGCCUGUGGGCAGGCCAAUCUGAACGGGAAGUACUUCCGCUCACUGCCCCGCCAGCGGCACGAGAGAAAGCAGGGCAUCUUCUGGAAGACCUGGAAGGGGCGCUACUACCCGCUGCGCGCCACCACCAUGAAGGUCCGGCCAGCGGAGGAGGCGGUGGAGGAGGAGGAGGCCUUGGCGCCCUAAAGGUCUGGCUCAUGACCCUCCUCGCCUUUUUUGCCAGGGGAUCAAUGAAGUUUGGAGGGAAGAAGAUGGUCUCUUUUGAGAAUCUGGCGCUGAGCGCCACUGAGUGCAGGUCCGGGUGUGGAUCUGUAUCCUUGGAACUGGCCUCCUGUGUGAUCUGUUAUUACUUCAUCGCAUAAUUGUCGCACCUCACCCUUUUUUUGGGGGGGGGGAGAGACAAAAGGGUAUUCGUUUUCCUCGCAUAAUAGUGACACCCGUAUUGGGUGCCGAUUCUCCCUUCCUUUCUUUGAAGGCAUGGCAAAAGGACAACAUGGAGCUCCACUCUUCUCUCCUCCCUCCUCCUGUCUCUGGAACUCUAAUCUUCUGUCCUCCACCCUUCCUCCAAAAGCCUUAAGGCAGUUUAAAAACUACAAAAUGGAGGCCUGUCUCUGUUUCUCUCCCUCCUUUCUUCCUCCGAAGGCCUUAAAGGAGUUUAAACACUACAAAAUUCAGGCCUCUCUCUGGAGCUCUACUUCUCUCCUCCCUCUUUCCUCUGAAGGAACCCAAGGCAGUUUACAAAACCUGUAAUUGAUUUCUUUGGAGGAAGGAGGGACAAUUCAAGUCCCAUAGGCCUCCAUUCCAGGUUAAGGGCCUUCGGAGGAAGGAGGGAGGAAAGAAGAACGGAGCCAUGAUCUUCCAUUUCUGUGUUGAGAAACUUGAUUUGGUUUCCUUUCUCCUCGUCUCUGUGUGUAUUUUUCGGUCAUAUUGACUUAUUACUUAUUUGUUUUGUUUUUGUACAUAAUUGUCAUGCUGGUUUUUAAAGAGUUGUUUUUAUUCUUUUUUAAAAAAUAAUUUUUAAAAGGUCUUGGAAAAAUGGGAGUAUUGGUGAAUAUUGUGGUUGUUGUAACUUAUGAAAGGUUUGCCUUGGAGCAAAGUGGAGCACAGUGACCUUUCUGGCUCCCUUUGCUUCUGUUGACGUCUGUGGCUUGAUUUCUUUUGUAAAUUGAUUAAAAAUUAAUAAAUUAA